AUGUCAACAUCAACAAUUUACGCCCUCAAAGCAAGUUCCGAAGCUCUGGAGGAUGCCAAAUGGGCUCCUUCAAGUCCCGAAGAAGAGUUCUACACUGGUUGGCAGUUAUUUGUCAUUUUUUGGUGUUUGCUUCGGUUCUUCAGUAAGUUCUCCAGCAAGUGUCCUCCAGGCAUAAAUAUUUCAUUUUCGACUGCCUUUGCCACGGGAGGACACUCAAUCGGGGCUGGCUAUCGUUAUAUAAAGCAGGGAAUGGCCAAAGUCAUCCUUGCGGGGUCAUCGGACGCCUCUUUGUGUCCUUGGAUGAUGUCCGCGUUUUGUAAGGUCAGGUCUCUUUCGACGGAGGAAAAUCUCGCCCCUUCGGAAUGUUCGAGACCUUUUGAUUCCAAGAGAAGUGGUUUUGUCAUGUCCGAAGGAUCUGCUUGUUUGGUCCUUGAAGACUUGGAUCAUGCCCUAUCUAGGAAUGUCAAGAUUUAUGCAGAGAUUUUGGGGUACGGGACAUCAAGUGACGCCAAUUCUCUAACAGCCCCCUGUUCUGACGGUGACGGGGCACUUCGGUCUAUGAAAAAUGCUCUGAAAGAGGGAAAUGUAGAUCCUAGUUCGGUUGGGUAUGUCAACGCUCAUGCAACGGGCACUAUUUUGGGAGACCGGGCUGAGAAUUCUGCGAUUGGAAGACUUUUUGAUCCUUCAUUGACUAAAAAAAUUGAAUUCCCAGUCUCAAAAUCAGUAGUUGGGAAAUGCGUCAAUAUGCUUGUAUGGUUUCCUGAAGAAGAUUCGGGCAAAAGUCAAGCUUGCUUCAUCCCAAACCGCCAGCGUUUCACAACUCCUAAUGAAGGCUCUUUCCUGGCAAAUGAAAGGUCCUUUCACGUGCACGAACCUUCCACAACUCGACAUUUCAUUUGUGGUCUUGUGAGACAAAAUCACAUAUUCAACCAGGCAAUGGCAAGACUUAGUUUUUUGCAAAGCGACUAUAUUGAAGCUUUAAAAUAUAUUAAAUUGGCAAUCAGCCAAAUUCCUUCAGGUAUUAAAAGUAAAUAUAUUCCAAGGGGUGAACAGUUGGCUUGA